UUACGGCCUUAUCGAAUGAACAAUGCAAAUUGGACCACGUAGUAUUGUUGCUCUACGUUUCAUCCAAGAGAAGGACGACAUUAGUUUAUCACUUGACCAAUGAAAGACCUCGCACUUUAAGCCUACUCUUUAUGCAUUAUAUCUAGCAACACAAACUACGAACUUGGGAGAGAACAAGAAGGGGAGAUUUAGCAGUGAUGGUUGAUAUAGAGAAUGGCUCUGGGUAUCUCUUCACAGCUGAGAGUGCAAAGGGGAGGGCUGCAUAUAAGUUGUAUGCUAGCUCAGUUUUGGCUGGCAUAUUGUUGAUUUGGUUCUAUAGAGCAACUCAUAUCCCACUUGAAGGGAGAUGGGCUUGGUUGGGGCUCUUUGGAGCUGAGAUAUGGUUUGGUUUUUAUUGGUUUGUAACUCAGUCGGCUCGCUGGAACCCAAUCUACUAUCGAACUCACAAGGACAAGCUCUCUCAAAGAUUUGGAGCUCAACUGCCGAAAGUGGACAUAUUUGUGUGUACAGCAGAUCCCUUUGCAGAGCCACCAUCACUUGUUAUGUCGACAAUCCUAUCUCUCAUGGCUUACGAUUAUGAACCUGAGAAGCUAAGCAUUUAUCUCUCCGAUGAUGCUGGCUCCAUUCUCACAUUCUAUGCUCUGUGGGAGGCUUCUUGCUUUGCAAAGCACUGGCUUCCUUAUUGCAAGAAAUUCAAGAUGGAACCAAGAUCCCCCAUGGCCUACUUUAGCACGCCCUGCAAGGAUAACAAUAAUUCAAAUUAUAAUGAGUGGUCAUCCAUGAAGAAAUUGUUUGAAGAUAUGACUUCUCGCAUUGAAAGAGUUGUAUCCUUAGGCAAAAUUCCUGAAGAAUUCAAAGAACAGAAAAGAGUUUCCAAGUGGAAUGCAGAGAUGACUUCAAGAAACCAUCGACCUAUUGUUCAGAUCAUGAUUGAUGGAAGGGAUCAGACUGCAACUGAUUUGGAUGGGAACCCAUUGCCCACAUUAGUAUAUGUGGCACGUGAGAAGCAUCCUCAACAUCACCAUAACUUCAAAGCUGGGGCGAUGAAUGCUUUGAUAAGAGUGUCAUCUUAUGUGCAGAUAAGAGUGUCAUCAGAGAUAAGUAACGCACCAAUCAUCCUCAAUGUGGACUGUGACAUGUACUCAAACAACUCAGCAUCCAUUAAAGAUGCAUUGUGCUUCUUCCUGGAUAAGAGGAGCCAUGAUGUCGCCUACGUGCAAUACCCCCAAUUCUUCCACAACAUAACUAAGAAUGACCUCUAUGCAAAUUCUUUAAAUGUGAUUGGUAUGGUGGAGAUAUCUGGUUUUGAUAUCUGGGGAGGACCAGCAUAUGUAGGCACCGGAUGCUUUCACAGACGUGAGAGUCUGUGUGGAAAGAAGUACAGUGGCGAUUAUAAUGAAGACUGGAUAAGAAGUGAGGAAAUAAAACAUCAAGAAAAUACUAGCACAUUGGAAGGGAGAGCUGAGUCUCUUAUAACAUGUAUCUAUGAGAACAAUACCCUAUGGGGAAAAGAGGUAGGGUUGAAAUAUGGUUUUCCCGUUGAAGAUAUAAUUACUGGUUUGACAAUUCAGUGUAAAGGAUGGAGAUCCAUUUGUCACAAUCCUUCAAGAAAAGGUUUCUUAGGGAUGGCCCCAACAACGCUAGAGCAAACAUUGGUGCAACACAAGAGAUGGGGCGAGGGUAACUUCCAAAUCUCCCUCUCUAAGCACUGCCCUAUCAUUCAAGGCCAUGGAAAAAUCAAGCUAGGACUCCAAUUUGCCUAUAGCAUCUAUGGAUUGUGGGCUCCAAACUCAUUGCCGACAUUUUACUACCUCAUAGUCCCUCCUCUUUGCCUCCUCAAAGGAAUCUCUUUAUUCCCAAAGGUAUCUAGUCCUUGGUUUACAACUUUUGCCUAUGUGAUAGUCGCAAAGAACACAUAUGCCGCAGCUGAGUCCUUACUCUGUGGAGAUACAUUUUCUGGAUGGUGGAACUCGCAAAGAAUGUGGGUAUACAAAAGAUUAACCUCCUACCUCUAUGGAGUCAGUGACACUAUCAUAAAGCUGUUGGGAUUCUCCAAGUCAUCAUUUACAAUCACAUCAAAGGUCGCUGAUGGAGAUGAGAGCAAGAGGUAUGAGAACGAGGUCAUGGAAUUUGGAUCUUCAUCUCCUAUGUUUAGAAUCAUAGCAACAAUUGCAGUGCUCAACCUUGGUUGUUUGUUGGGUGGGGUGAUGCGGCUACUGGUUUAUGAAGGGGUUGCAAGGUUGAAUGACUAUUUUGCACAACUGAUUCUUUGCGGAUCGAUGGUUGCGAUAAAUGUGCCCGUUUAUGGAGCAAUGUUCUUUAGGAAGGACAAGGGAAGAAUUCCUCCUUCAAUAACAUUUGCCUCUCUUUGCUUGGCAAUGGCAACUUGCCUUGUGCAAAUAGUUUGAACAUAAUUUGACAAAGUUCUGAUAUUGCAGUGAUCAGGUCAUCAGGAGGUGGUCUUUUCUGCCAACAUAUUCCUCCUACUUGACAAACAUCAGAGAGCUUAAAAGGGGUUUAUUAAGGUUGAUGGGAUAUGGAUAUCUAUCUGUAGUACUAACUUAUUCUUCAUGUGCAAUGCAUUUUCAAGAGGGGGAAGUUUAGGAAA